GCCGGAAGCGGAAGUUGCUAAGGAGUGGGGGAGUUGUUAGGAAAGUAUCAGGUUUUCCUCCCGCUUCUUAGUUUCAUCCCGCUGCUACCUGAGCGGGUAGAACGCGUUUUUGAGACCUCUCCAACUUUGCUGAUCUGCUUAGCCCGGCUCCUGACCCGAACCCUCUUCUAAAGGGCGUGAUACCCUGGUGCUCCGACCCUUCCCAAGGUCCUAGUGACCCACCCCGGUGCCGGGAGUCCCCUGUACCCGGUCCCUGCCUGGAGUGAGGUUUCGUCUGGCUUCCCGGGUCCCCGCAGACCCCCGCCAUGGGCAACACCAGCAGCGAGCGCGCCGCGAUGGAGCGGCAGGGUGGCCAUAAGACGCCCCGGAGGGACAGCUCAGGCGGCACCAAGGACGGGGACAGGCCCAAGAUUCUGAUGGACAGCCCUGAGGACGCCGACCUCUUCCACUCCGAGGAGAUCAAGGCUCCAGAGAAGGCGGAAUUCCUGGCCUGGCAGCAUGAUCUGGAAGUGAACGAUAAAGCUCCUGCCCAGGCGAGGCCUACUGUGUUUCGAUGGACAGGGGGUGGAAAAGAAGUUUACUUAUCUGGGUCCUUCAACAACUGGAGUAAACUUCCCCUCACAAGAAGCCACAAUAACUUUGUAGCCAUCCUGGAUCUGCCAGAAGGAGAGCAUCAGUACAAGUUCUUCGUGGAUGGUCAGUGGACCCACGACCCUUCUGAGCCAAUAGUAACCAGCCAGCUUGGCACGGUUAACAACAUCAUUCAAGUGAAGAAAACUGACUUUGAAGUAUUUGAUGCUUUAAUGGUGGAUUCCCAAAAGUGCUCCGAUGUGUCUGAGCUGUCCAGUUCCCCACCCGGACCCUACCAUCAGGAGCCCUAUGUGUCCAAACCAGAAGAGCGGUUUAAAGCACCACCCAUUCUCCCACCACACCUGCUCCAGGUCAUCCUGAACAAGGACACUGGGAUUUCUUGUGAUCCAGCACUUCUCCCCGAACCCAACCAUGUCAUGUUAAACCACCUCUACGCACUGUCCAUCAAGGACGGCGUUAUGGUGCUCAGCGCAACCCACCGGUACAAGAAAAAGUAUGUGACCACCUUGCUAUACAAGCCCAUAUGAAGAGCCGGAAGUCGACAGCGGGCCCCAGGCAUAGCUGGCAGCACCAGGCUCCCCACGUGCAUGCUUUCCACUAGAGGAAUGGACUGUCAACUUCUCAUUUCACUCUCUCUCAGACAUUUCAUACCGGCCCUACUCCUACUUGAAGGUUUGUCCAGGUGCCUCAGCUCCAGGGGAGCCUGGUUCUGUAACAAUCCUCUUAGCACUUGGCUGUGAGGCUCAGGGGCUCGUCAGGGCCAACAGAGGCAGAAGGGAAAGAGGAGGAGCUGCAGCCCCGAAACACAGUGCACAAGGUCGGGUCCGUUCUAACCACACGCCCUCUCAGCUGGUCGUGGACAUUCUUCUUAGGCCAAAAGUGAACGCUAGCCACCUUGCUGGGGAAAUUGCAGGAAGCAGGGGCUGAAGUCACAAAAUUUCUGAUCGUCUGUGCAUCUUUAAGGCUAUUGGCCUGUUCUUACUGAGGCCUGGCUGUGGAGCUCAGAGUAAGUCCAGCCUUGCCUGUCCUUCCAAAUGAAAGCAAUAGAUUCCCUCACUUUCUCUGCUUCAGGGAGGUGUCAUUUCUAUUGAAAUUAAAAGCUGUCUGAUUUCCAGAUGAAGUUUUACAAUUGUUUCCUACACUGUGUGCACUAAAUAAUACUUUCUUGUAGCCAGAGGUGGCUGGCUGUCCAGCCUUAAGGCAAUAAGUCACCACGACUAGAACAUAGAUCAUGUGACUGUGCUCAGCAAUAACCUGUUCCCAGAA